AUGCCGCCUUGGCCGCCUCGCGACCCAAACAGGUUAGUGCGGUCGUGUCGUCUGGCGUCGGAGGGGCUCGACCAGGGCGGCUCCAUGGCGUUCGCAGGCAGCCUGAGCCAGGUGCGGGCGGCGCUCGCCGAGGAGCGGGCACGGCUUUGCAAGGUCUUCGGCCAGAUCGACGAGGCCCUCGAGCGUCUCGAGCCCGGCACGUACGAGCAGGUGGGCGCCCAGCCGAUUGACGUCUACGCGCCUGGGGCGAUCGCCCCCGCUCCAUCAGUGCGCCCUUCCAGCGCGGCUCCAGAUGGCCGCCAGGCUGCGAACAAUGGCCUUUACUUCUACAAGCAGGGGGGGCACGCUGCUCCGCUGGCGCUGGACGCAGUCAUGGUGGCAGCACCGCGGGUGCCGCGGCCGCUGACACCAACGUUGCCGCCGGGUGCGGCGUGGGAGCCAUCGUGGGACAAGGGCGGUGUCGACGAUGAGACCGUCGCGGCGCCUGCUGCGUCGCGGUCGCCAGCGCCGCCCAGGACCGAUUCGGGCGGCGUCGCGAUGCGCAGGGGCGAGACCGUGAAGAGCAAGCCGGCUGGACUGACCAGGGCCAGGAGAGAAGCGCGGCAAAGAGGCUCUCCCUCGCCGUCAACGACGUAUCGGAUCGACAGGGCACAUAAGACGUCGUCGCGCCAGAUUUUCGCGAACGCGGACCAGAUGAAGGAGCAGGUCCACAGGCGAUUUUGCAGCCAGACUACGACGUAA